AUGGCGACAAUGUCCCACGCUAUGAUUCAGAACAACAACUUUGGAACCAGUGGAAUGACAUCGAAGCAGAUUCCAGCGCCACUCGCUGCGGAGGACGGCACCACAGAGGAAUCCAAUUGGUGCGGAUUGCGAGUGGCCCGCCCCGGGAGCAGACAGGUGUCAAGCGUGGCGAGCAAAAAGAACACAACGUCGUGGAUUGCCGAGCUGAAAGAUUCAGCCAAGUCAGUCUUAAGCCCGAUAGCAGUCUUUGCUGUUGCGAUUAUGGCGCUGGUGAUUUUCAACCUCUUGGUGAGCGGUGUGGACUUGGAGUUCCCACGCUACGGCGCCUUGCUGCUCUCCGCUGUGAUCUUUGGAAUCUCGAUGCUGCUGGCGGGCAUGGCCAGUCCCUACUAUCUUGGCAGUGGUGAAACUGCCACAUCCUUGGCGGCGGCUGCCGAAAUCAGCUUUUCGAAGAUGUGGGUGCUGGGAUCCCAAAUCCUCCUACCAGUUCUGUUCUACUACGCAGAUUUUGUCAGCGACAUCAUCUUGAUUAGGAGGUUUUGGCACAGCGGCCAUUCUGCCUAUGCCGUCCUCAACAGCUUGGCCAUCGCGGCUGGCUUGGUCUCCUCCAUGUUCUCGGCCUCAACGACCGCAGACAGGGACGCGUUAUCGCUCCUUCUGAUACUGUUUCACGUCAAUCCUUUGCUGGUUGCAGCGCAAGCGAUCUUCUUGUUCUGCCUGGCGCGGGUGGCGACCGGAAACGAUCCAAGAUACCAAUCCCUGCAAAGCUACUUCCACAGUGAAAAAUGCAAGUCGCAGCUUGCUCGUUCAACCUUGGGGGAAGCCUUUGCUGAAGCCUUGCUGAGCAUGUUCAUUCAGACAUAUGCGCUGAUGACGCACACACUGGCCUGGAAUUUCCUUUCAUUCCUCUCCCUGGUUCUGAGCCUCAUAUCCAUCGUGAAGUCGUUCUCCCUAUUGGACAUGUAUCCACACGUGUCGCGGGAGAUCAACGGCCAGCCCAUCCUGGUUGGACUGGUGAAGCCCGAAAAAACAGCUUUCCAGUUGGCCGUUGUCUACAGAUUGGUGGAAGUGAGUAGUCAAGUUCUAUUUUUUCCUUUGUUUCAGGUGGUGGUUGAUGAAUUCGAAUUCUUUGGCCUGCGCUACAGUGGUGUGGUGCUUUGGUCUUGCGACUGCUUGGUGCAAGCCGUGCUAGUCAUGAAAUACACGAACUGGAAACCCACCAAGUUGAUGUUUGCCAUUCCCAACACCAUCGGAACUUACGAGCCCGUGCUGCUGCGGGGGUCUGCAUCUCGAGCAUUUCUUUCGACUCCAGCUGCGCUGCAUGUGCUGACACAUUUGGGCGAACUUGUCUUGGUUUUAGUCUACCUCUUUCACUUUAGGGCUUCGGAUGUCUACAAGCUUUGGGAAUCUCAUGAGUUGACAGCUGGGGUCGGAGGAUGGCAACUAUGGGCUGGUGGAAAAAGGGGAAUCUCUGCAGCUUGGACACGCUUUGUCCUAAGAUAUUACGCAGUCUGCAACGUUGCCAGGUAUAUCCUUUUCUUCUUCCUGCAACGGUAUUGCGCCUGUCGUGUUGAUGACGUCGCACCCUGUGUGCGGGAUAUCCUCACGGAGAAGGCGAAGGAAAACGCCGAUGAUGUGGAUUUAGACAUUCCACUGGACAUCGCCAUGGCUGCGUUGAGCCCUGGCAGUGGCACAGGUCUUGAUGCUGAGAAGUUUUGCAAAGAAAUUGCAGCAAUUGCACUGAAGUCUUCCUAUGUGGCCGGCAUUAUGUGUCAAGUAGUUGCCCGCAGGGAGGUGCAUCGGAUCAAUGAAAAUGCGGAGAGCAGCAUGAUCAGGGCUGGGAAAGCGGUAUUGGAUGCGAUGCAGCAGCAUGCUAUGGUUCCGGAGGUCCAAAAGGCAGGAAGCCGGGCACUCUUCCAACUGGCAUCUGGCAGUGCGUCCAACAAAAAGAACUUGUAUCAAAAGGAUGCUGUCAACAUAUUGCUGAAGAGUGUGGAGAAUCACCGCGAAGACCGAAAUUUGCGGAGCGCUGUGUUGUUCGCCUUAGACGUCUUAGCUGGAGACGAGGAGAUCCGACGUCACUUGGCCGAGCUGGCCCUACAGGGGGCGAGAGUUGGACCACAGGAUCUCUUGACAUGGGUGCUUGAAAGCCUUGGCAAGGGCUCUGGCCCUCGCAGUGAUGAGUGUCGCAAGGACAGAUUGCUGCAGUUUGCAGCCUGCGGAUUCAUUGGGCAGAUUGCAUUUAACGAUGAGAAGAUGCAGCUGAAGUUGAUAGAGGCUGGCGCUUUAGUUCUUUUGCUGCAGAGCAUGAGAAAACAUCGGGAGGACAGAGAUGUGCAGCGCGCAGCCUGCCUGGCGCUCCGUAGAUUGAGUCCUCUGAGGGUUCAAAGGCUGCGUUCGCUGGGACUUCAGGAGGUUGUGUCGAAGGCCAUGGAUACACAUCCAGGGCAUGCUGCGUUGCAGCGAGAAGCGUGGAAAUUGCUAGAAACAUUGGAGCAAGCGUCCAGGUGCUAG